AUGUUCAUCGUACAGUUCCUAGCUUAUCAACCGGCAUCGAGAACAGCGUCAAAAAGUUCGGAACUUGAGAGAGCAAUCGUGGAGCCCGACUCGGGAGAGCAUCGAAAAUCGCAGUUCGACUUUCUUAAGCUGAUCGGGAAAGCGUCCGAAUGCGAUUUCCGUCGCACCGUUCUUGUCGCGAUAUUUUCAUCUCCGGAUAAUUUCCUUCUCCGGACCGCCAUCCGGAACACUUUCGGGAGCGUUCUACCGAUCAAGUUCUUCCUCGGUCGGUGCCUCGUGACCGAGGAAGGUGGAGCGAGGAGCUGCGAUGCGAGGAAGCUCGCCGCCGAGUUUGUGCAGCACAAGGAUAUAGUUGUGUAUGAUUUCGUGGACACAUACCACAAUUUGACAUUGAAAACAUUCAGCGUGCUGAAUUUCGUGGAGAAAUGCGCAUCUUCCGUGAAGCUCCUUGUGAAAAUAGACGAUGACACAUUUGUGAACCCCAUCAGACUCCGAGAUGUUCUCUUGGAGAAUCGCAUGUUCCCAUCGAAAAACUCGACCAGCUUCCGUCGGAUACCUUCGAUUUUUGGUCACGUUCAGCGAAGGGCGAAGCCUUACCGCAACCGCUCGAGUAAAUACUACAUAAGCGAAGAAGAGUACUCACGGAAGGGAUUCCCCCCCUUCGCCGCGGGUCCCCUCUACUUCAUGAACCGAGCCGCAGCCGAUGCUCUACAUCGUACGGCUAAGGAAACUUCUCGCCAUUUGAAAAAGCGUCCUCUCCAUUUAGAGGAUGUCUAUUUCACCGGUUUCAUGGCCCAAAUAGCGAAUGUUUCGCUUCAUCACAUCAACGGGUUGGACAACGCGGGCCUGAGUAAGCUCCCGUUGCCGAGGUACCUCGUGUCGAGACACUUCGUGAGAUCUCCCGCCAAGAUGUUAUUGUGCUGGCGUCACAUCCUCGGCACCAAGAAUCCUUCUAUGAAGGAGCUCCGCCGAGACUUUUCGCAGUUUAAUUGA